AUGGCUGACGAGUCCGACCUGAGUGCUGAUGGCCACAGCGACAUACAGGAUGUCUCUGAUUUAUCAGCUCAAUUGAUUGCUCCUCCCCAGGUUUCCUACCCUGACAAGCAGUCUUUGAUGGCAGCGGUCCAGGCUCAUGGAAAGCAACAUGGUUACAAUGUCGUUGUCAAGACUUCCUCCAUUCCCACAGACAAGAAGCCAGGUAGAUCUGCCAAAGUAUGGCUGAGAUGCGACAGAGGCGGCAAGUAUCGCCCUCGCAACGGCCUAACAGAAGCCACACGAAAACGCAAACGAACUUCUCGACUGAUUGACUGCCCCUUCAUGGUCAUUGGCAACGGUAGUUCUGGUGUGUGGACCGUCGAGGUUGUCGAACCACAACACAAUCACGGCCCUAUCAUGGAGCCGUCACGUACAGUUGCACAUCAUAAAGUCAAGAAGGGGCAGAUUGAAGCUGUUCCAUACGACUGGCCGCAUGAUGCUGGCUUCUCACCCUUCACUUCCGCUCUGGUAAUCAUCGACAUGCAAAGAGACUUCUGCGCCCCUGGUGGCUACUUGGAUUACCAAGGCUAUGACAUAUCUCCCGCACAGUCAAUCAUUCCCAGGAUACAGCAUGUGCUACAUGCAUUUCGAGAAGCAGGCUUUCCAGUCUAUCAUACUCGCGAAGGUCACCGUCCCGACCUCACCACUCUAUCGUCUCGAGAAAGGUUCCGAUCGAAGAACAAUGCUACCGGCCUCGGCAUUGGGUCUCAAGGGCCCUUGGGCCGUUUGCUAGUACGUGGCGAGCCAGGACAUGAUAUAGUCCCAGAGCUCUACCCACUUGAAAAUGAGCCAAUCAUUGACAAGCCGGGCCGUGGCGCUUUUGCCCACACUGACUUCGAGCUACUUCUCCGCAUCAAAGGUAUUAGGAAUCUCGUCAUAGCGGGUGUGACAACGGAUGUCUGUGUCUCUACGACAAUGAGGGAAGCAAACGACAGAGGUUUUGACUGCGUCGUUCUCGAAGACGCAACUGCAGCGAGUGAACCGAAUCUUCACGUAGGUGCAUGCGAAUCGAUCAAGAUGGAAGGUGGCAUCUUCGGGGCAACAGCGAAGCUGGAUGAUGUGAUUGAGGCUGUGGAAAUUUUUAAGCAGGCGACGGUCCGGUCUGUCACCAAAAGUGAACGAAUGCCUAGCGAACCAAUGCCCCACUCGCCAGUUACGCCAGGCUCCAUGAUGAAUCAGACCGUACCGACAUCCCUUCCUGUCCCAAUGGGUAUGAGUCCGCAUUUGCCAAUGUCUGCUGGAAACAUUGUGGCACACUACAUCUCUUGA